UAAGUGCAUGAGAUGCCACGCCCAGUGUAAGGGCAAACGACUGUGUGUGUGACACCAAAUUCAAUUUCAAAUUCCCAACGGCUCGGCGAGGGGACGCCAUGUCGUACCAGAUGAUCGCUCAGUCUGUUGCCAAUUGCAAAAGCAAGUGCGUCGUGCUAAGCAAAUCGGGCAAUUUUCAGUGAUUUUCCAUUGAUUUUCAUUGAUUUUUCUUUGAUUUUCAUAGACUUUCCAUUCAUUUUUCAUUCAUUUGCUGAUUAGGAUUAGAUUUUUUGAGAAAACUGGUGUAAAUUUUUGAUAGGGAGAGAGAAUUAAAUUAAUCGCGUCGCGUCGGGAGUGCUUUUAGUGUUUUCUUUCUUUCUCUCACAGGGCCGCCGCUUUUUAAUUUUUCUUUUUCUUUUCUUUCUUUAUUUUCAGAGUUCUUAGGACAUCAGCGUCUCAACGGGAGGACCAGACGCAUGGAGGGCCACAGCAAGCAGCCGUCGGGACAGGGGGCGCGCCCUCGGACGUGAGGCCGCCAAAGCGUCAGGCGUGUCCUCCCACGACAGUGAUGGCUGUUCUGGGAGGACUGGAUCCGUGGCAUGGCUUGACCAUAGCUCCGAAGUCGCCCUGAUCAAGACCGAAGGUCGAAGGUCAGGAGAAAAGGUCGUGGCACCCGCUGCGCCCAUACCAAAUCCAAUUUCUUUUACUGUUGAAAAUUCAAAUUUUCAAAAUUUAUUUCAUGAACGGCCAAAACAAUACGGUGCCGGUUUUACUAAGAAGAAGAAGAAAGUCGCGAAAAAUGAAUCUUAUUAUAAACAAUUUGGAAUUAUCAAACCCCAUAUUUUUGUUCACGGUUCUCACAAUCAAGAUAACAUAACACUUUUUGGUCCAUUUUCCAAUAAUAAUCAAUGCACAGCAAAUUCAGUUGCAGCAAUUGCGUAUUCUCAUGUGAUACCUAUUUCCGAUUGGUUAACAAAGACAUUAGACGACAUUCUUUUAACAGGCAAUGACCUUUAUAUAACUUCUCGUGCCAAUAAUGCUUCCGCUAAUCAUUAUUUAACUGUUGAACAAGUUUACACAGAAUUUUAUAUUAAAAACAUUAAGAUCAACAUUUCGCUUGAAGAAGAAUUUAAUGGUUACGAAUUUAAUGAAGCAAUGAUCGGUUUACAAGGCCAAAUAUUUGGUAACGAUCAAAAUUCAAUUUUUAAAGCAGCAUUGCAUAAAUUUUUCGAUACAUUCACACACGGCGUAAUUACGUGUAAUUUGCUAUCAAUCGCAAUAUUUAAAAUUAAUAAUUUAUAUUAUUACUUCGACAGCCAUUCACGUGGAAAUUUUGCUCAAUUCGUUGAGAAUGGUAAAUCCAUUUUAUGUGCCUAUACAGAUAUUAUUUCUCUAUAUAAUAUUUUAAAAUAUAAUUUUCUUCAUGGAAAUCUUUCAUUUAAUGGCCAGAUACCUUUUGCAAUAACACCGAUUCAUGUUCAAUUUAAUGACAAUACUGAAGAUAAUAUAAGUACUAGUGAGUUAUUAAACAUACAAGUGCAAAGUGAAGUAAAAGACAUAUCUUUAAAUGAUAAUAAUAAAUCAGUAAGUGAUACAACACAUCAAGCAAUUGCAGAUAGAAAACGUGAGUACAGUAAAUUAUAUAAGCAAUUUCGUAGAUUCCAAAGUAGAUCUUAUAAAAAUGAUGACAAUGAAAGACGCCGAAAAUUGCAUAGGAAGGAAAGAUUAAUUUUAUCUCUAAAACAAAUAGAAAAUUUAAAACGAAAACAUUUACAUAUAAUUGCUAGACAAGAUCCCGCGUUAAGAUCCCUUGAAAACAUUAAACGAAAAGAACAACGCAAAAUUGAAAGACAAGAUCCUGCAAUAAAAUCCCUUGAAAACAUUAAACGAAAAGUUAGACAUAAAAUUGAAAGGCAAGAUCCCGUGAUAAAGUCCCUUGAAAACGUUAAACGAAAGGAACAACGUAAAAUUGAAAGGCAAGAUCCCGCGAUAAAAUCCCUUGAAAACGUUAAGCGAAAAGUUAGACAUAAAAUUGAAAGGCAAGAUCCCGAGAUAAAGUCCCUUGAAAAUGUUAAACGAAAGGAAAACCGUAAAAUCGAAAGGCAAGAUCCCAUGAUUAAAUCCCUUGAAAACGUUAAGCGAAGAGAAAAGCGUAAAAUUGAAAGACAAGAUCCCAUUGUGAAAUCCCUUGAAAAUGUUAAACGAAAGGAGAGACAUAAAAUUGAGAGAACAAACAUAAACAAGAAAUUUUCUGAAAAUAAAGAUAGAAAGAUGAGAAACAUUUUAAAACGUAAAGACCCAAAGUUCCGAAGAAAGGAGAAUUUACUUAGAAUGAUUAGAAAGCAGAAAUGUAAGAUAAACACCCAUCAGGUAAAAGUAAAACCUAAAAAUUUUAUAGAUACAAAAAUUGAAAAAUCACUCAAAGCUAAAUAUUCUUCCAUUGAUCAGGAGAAAUUUGAAAAUCAAAUUCUAAUGUUUCGAGACAAAUUAAAGCGGUCCCUAAAAAUUAAAGUUAAUUACAAUUACAAGAAAUUAGGAAAUAAAAAUUUUAAAUUGAAAGUGAAGAAGAUGAAAGAUAAAAAUCGCACCCUUUUAGAAUUUUUUGAUAAACGAAAACAAGUUACACAUUAUAUUUGCGGAUGUUGCGAAGGAAAAUUUUUUAGACACAACGUCAAAGAAUUAAAUAUUAAUAAAUGCAAGUAUAAGAAUAAAUCUGACCUUGAAGAUUUCCUCAAAAUUUCAAAGUAUUGUUGCACAACGUGUCACACUUAUUUAAAUAGAAAUAAAUUACCCACACUUGCGAUUAAAAACGGAUUAGCUUUUCCCGAAAUUCCUGAUUGCCUCAAAGAUUUAAGUGAAUUAGAAGAGAGAAUGGUAGCCCCUAUAAUAAAUUUCAUGGAAAUUCGAGAGUUAAAGAAAUACGCAUUAAAUCCCCAGAAAGGCUUAAAAGGUAGUGUAGUACAUAUUCCAGUCGAAAUAAACGAUAUGGUUAAAGUUUUACCGCGAAGAUUUGAUAACAUGAAUACGGUUCAAGUUAAAUUAAAGAGACACGAAGAUUAUAAGAGUCAUUAUAUGUUCGAAACAGUACGCAUUAGGAAAGUAUUAGAAGCUAUUAACUAUCUAGUUACAACCCCACUUUAUAUAUCUGAAGGGAUUACAGUUGAUCCGAACUAUUUAAAAGAUAUCGGAGAUAUAGAAAUUUCUUUUAUAGUUGAUCCGGAAGAUCAAGUCAAAGAUGAACCAAAAGGUGAUGAUAAAGUUGUUAGUCCCGAAAAGAAAGAAAUUCCCCCCGAAAUAUUUACUUUAUCUGGUAAAGAUAAUUCACAACCAUCUUCAUUUAAACCAGAUGCUAAAUGGAACAUUCAAGAUGUUCGCAAUUCCGAAAUUUACGUAAAUAGUGACCAUACUGAACGAUUUAUCGAAAUUAUAAAUAAAUUAUAUAAGAACAACCACAUGUUUCCAACUUUUUAUAUUUGUGAUAUGGGCCUCAAACAUGUUAAAGCAAAAGGUCGAAAUAAGAGAAACGUUCAGAUUUUGUUUUUAGAACCCAAAGGUGAUAAUAAAAUAGGUCAUUGGGUAACAACAGUUCAUAAAGAUAAAACUAUUUACGUAUAUGAUUCCUUAGAUUGGAAAACCCUCAAUGAGGAUUGCAUUAAAUUUUUAAAGAAAAUGUACCCUACUACAAUGAAGAAGAAAGAUGCAAUUAAAUUCAUGAAAACAUUUCAGCAAAUAGAUAGUUAUUCUUGUGGUGUUCAUGCCAUUGCAAAUAGUGUAGCAUUGCUUAAUAACAUUAACGUCCCAAAUUGAUGAAAAUAAUAGUAAUGUCGUAUAUAAUAUUUUAAUGGAAAUUGAAGAAAUUCCAGAAAGCCCCAAAAAGAGAAAACGCGAAAAUGAUGAUUUUGAAGAUAAUAUUAGUUUUGAUUUCCCAGAUACUUUUACCUUUACAAAUAAAAUUAAGGAAGAAAAGCCUUUAUCACAACCCAAUAAAAA